AGUCUAGUGACCAUGCUGCUGGACGAGCUCAAGUUCCUCAACGCGAAGCGGACACAGAUCCACUCGCGCAAGCUGAGGGGCAAGUACCUGGCCUUUUACUUUGGGGCCAAGUGUAAGCCAUGCGACAAGUUUACUCCUGUGCUGACGCAGUUUUACGCCGAGGCGUGCGCGGCCACAUCCGAGUUUGAGGUCGUCUUUGUCUCGACCGACGUCUCCGAGGCCGAGAUGUACGACUUCCUCGACCAGCAUCCCAUGCCGUGGAUUCGUCUUCCGUUCCGCGGCAAGUACCGCCAGCGAGUGCUUGACGAGUUUGGCGUGGCCGAGCUUCCUACUCUGGUCAUUGUCGCGCCAGACGGCUCGGUUCUCUCGAUGAACGGCCGGAAGGAGGUGCUCGCCACCCAGCCGGGCAAGGGCGGCCGCCCGCCCAAGAUCUCGGUCACCGACUUGCUGAGCAAGUGGCGUGCCGACGCCGGCGAUUCGAAUCCGGAGCUCGGCGCUCCUGGCGCCGAGGACUACGACGACAACGCCGAGGCAAGCGGACGUGGCGAGCCGAGCGGUUCGCGACGGACCAAGCGCUCGUCCCGCCGGCGUGCCGGGAGCGGGCGUGGCGAGGCUCGAGGUGAGCCUGCUGGUGGUAAGAGUGCAGCGGGGCGCUCGGGCGCCGGCGGCGUUGCCGCGCAGACCGGUGCGCGUGGCGAGUUUGUCAUGACCUGGGCCAACGAGAAGGACGACCGUGGCCAGAUUACACAGCACCAGCGCGGCAAGGCCGGCCUGGAGAACCUCGACGCGAUGACCGGCCUCACUUCAGGCAACCUGCAGCCGGUUCACAUUGCGCUUCGCGACGGCAACCUCCAGCUGUUCAACUAUCUCAUGAAGCGGCGGGUGGAGGUGUUUGUCAUGGACGCGUCCGGACGGACGCCGCUGCACUACCUCGCUAUGCAUGGCGGCGGGACAGCGGCCAAGGGCAUGCUCCGCCGGUUUGGCCGCAACCCGGACUGGAUGCAGCAACUCUCGGUGCAGGACAAUGACGGCAACGUGCCGCUGCACCUGAUGUGCCGCUACGGGCACGGCCACCUCAUUCCGUGGGCGCUGGCCCAGGCACCCGAUGCCGUCGAAGUCGUCAACAAUCUUGGCCGUCGGCCGUAUGAUGAAAUGCUGCUCAUGGGCCACAUGGGCCUCCUCAACGGCCUCACCUUUGAGAAGGAUCAGUCGCCGUCGUCCAUCUUCCCGUCCGACGUCCGCGCCGGCCUUGCCGCGCCCGACACAAACUCGGUCCGCGAGACAGACUCGCCGCGCUCCAAGCUCGCCACCGCCAAGCACCAAAAGUCGUGCAACCGCGCCCUGUACGAUGCUGUCAUUGCCGGCGACGCACCUCAGGUCAAGUGGCUCCUCGCCAACACGCCCGCCAACCCGCUCGCCAAGAACAAGGACGGCGUGACCAUUAUGGACCACGCCAUCUCUGCUGGCGCUAUUUCCAUCAUGCGCAUCCUCGACCGCGCCGCGAACCCAGUCCCGCCCGUCAACAUCGACAACUUUGCCUGGCAUCCGGAUGUGGUCGCAAAGCUCCCCAAGGACCGCUUCCUCGACCAGAACGACCCCAGCGCCGCGUGGUGAGCGAAGUACACCCGCUACCCGCUCCACGCACACCACGACUCGAACUGAUUGCGAGCCGUGUUUACUCUUGUCAAAUGAAUGGCACGUCCCACCCUG